AUGACAGCUUCACUAUGGGCGAGGGCUCUUAGGACUUCCACCUUUGCCCUUCGGCAAGCUUCAAGAUGCGAACAGUUGGCGAAGCGGCCUGGUCAAGUUGUUGCCCGACGAUGGGCCUCUGCUGCGGUGUCUCCUGAGGUCAAAGAUAUUGAAAGCAGAGUAGACGUCGAUUUUGAGAAAACCUCGAAACCGCAAGCACACGCCGAUCAGCCUGAGUUUUCGACUCUGCAAGAUGUUGUCUCUCCUGGUACUCUCAAAGCAAUUACUGGACAUCCACUUCAUCUGAAGAACAUGUCGCCGGUUCAGGCCGCCGUUCUUCCGCUGAUGUCUGACCUCACCAAACCGUAUGAUCCGAAGGACGAGUCCAAUACACCUAGAGAUCUUCUCGUCAGGGCAAAAACGGGCACGGGAAAGACACUUGCGUUUCUGGUCCCAGUGAUUGAAGCACGGUUAAAGGUCUUAGCCGCGCACGGUAGACAGGCAGUGAAAGAUGCUGGUCUGGUCAACGACAAACACCUCGAAAUUCGCGCUCGGAGACUCUUCGCACGGGAACAUGUUGGGGCCUUGAUCAUUAGUCCUACUCGUGAGCUGGCAACGCAAAUCGCGAAUGAGGCGUUGCGACUGUCUCAUCAUCACGACGACAUGGAAGUCAGGUUGCUCGUUGGUGGUAAUAGCAAGGGCAAGCAGCUCAGGGAUUGGAUGCGCGGCAGGCGCGAUAUAGUUGUUGGGACGCCUGGCCGCCUUAGGGACCUGCUGGAAAAUGAGCCGGAUGUCAAGAAGGGCAUGGAGAACACUCAUAUACUCGUCCUGGACGAAGCGGAUACUUUAUUAGAUAUGGGUUUCCGGGACGACAUUGACGCUAUCCUUGAACAUUUGCCCUCAGGUCCAAAACGCCAGACAUUUUUAUUGUCCGCCACGGUUUCUACAAACAUCCGACAGGUUGCUCGCGCGGCGCUCGACAAGAAGCACCUCUUCAUUGAUUGUGUAACGGACGACGCCCCCCCUACUCAUGCUCAUGUGCCACAAUAUCAUACGGUACUCCCAAGUGCUGGCAUGCAGCUACCUCAUCUUCUUGGACUACUCGCGCAUGACCAGCUGCUGAACCCUGGCAAGUCGAAGGCUAUUGUGUUUUUGCCCACAACAAAAAUGACACAACUGUUCGCAACACUCGUGCGGCAGCUGGCGAGGACUUGUCUUCCCGCCGGUAAAGCGACAGAAGUUUACGAAAUGCACUCCCUACUCUCGCAGCCCCGCCGUGACCUCACAUCGAACCGUUUCCGUGCCAGCACUUCGCCGUCCAUCCUCGUCACAUCUGAUGUGUCCGCACGUGGAGUAGAUUACCCGGGCGUUACUCGUAUCGUCCAGAUCGGUAUUCCUUCAGGCCCUGAUCAGUACGUCCAUCGUGUCGGACGAACAGGCCGCGGUCGUGACUUGAGUGGACGCGCGGACCUCGUCCUUUUACCAUGGGAGGUUGGCUUUGUUACAUGGCAGCUCACCGACAUUCCAUUGAAGCCUAUGACAACGAAUGAAUUGAAGAACCAGGUCAGCGAUCUUGCACAGAAGUACGAUGAGGAUCCGUCGUCGUUAUCCAAGGGAAAAUCGUCUUCCGCGAAGUAUGCGGUGCCCUAUUCUCCUGUCUUUGACCGGAUCCCCGACAGUGUUUCUGAGUUGCUCCCAAAACUAGAUGAAGGCGCCAUCCAGGACACGAUGAUCUCUCUCCUUGGAUAUUAUAUGGGUAGAUCGGGUGACAUGCGUAUUCAGCGAAGCGUUAUCCUCCAAGGCAUGAAGGACUGGUCUGUCGAGGCGUUAGGGCUGCCUACGCCGCCCUCCAUCUCCCCUAGUCUCCUGCAGAAGCUUGGUGUUAAUGACGGCCGGACGAAGCAUUCUGGCGGAUAUCGGCGCAAGUCUGAGCUGGACGAGCCGCACUGGAUGGGUCGUGGUAACUCGAAAACUAAAAGCUUCAACAGGCCAAACUUCAGGGCAACCGAAAGAGACAGAGAGGAUGGAGCUACUCGCCGAAGACAGUCUUAUUUCGGUCAGGAGUCUGAGAGGCCCGAGAGGGAGGGACGUUCCUUCCGUGACCGUCCACGAGGAAACAACCACCGAGGCUUUGGGAUAGCUGAGUGA